AUGUCGGCGCCCGGUGAAGUAUCCGUACUCACCACCGUGUUCAACUUGGUCAAGCUAGCGCUACUCAUCUUUUCGUCUACAUUGGGGAUCCUGACGCGGCGAUUGUUCAAGCAGCAGCAGAAAGUUGAAAACAUCAACGAUUUAGUUUCACCACAAGGCUACGUUGCAAGAGAACACGUGGUAACUACAAAAGAUGGAUAUUUAUUGGUUGUGCAUAAACUAGAGAAAGCGAACAACGAGGUGGGCGGCUCUGGCGUUGGUUCCGUUCAUUCAGGUGCGCCUGGUUCAGGAGGUCAAAUUGUCUAUUUCCACCAUGGUUUAUUGACAAACCUGGAACUAUGGGUCUUGGGAACAAGCAAGGAAAAGACAUUACCGUUUUUGUUAGUGGAUAUGGGAUACGAAGUGUGGCUAGGCAACAACCGGGGCAACAAAUAUUCAAAGAAACAUUUAAAGCUAUCUUCGUUAAGUGCCGAGUUUUGGGAUUUCUCCUUGGAUGAGUUUGCAUAUUUUGACAUUCCAGACACGUUACAAUAUAUUCAGGACUAUAGCAGCUACAAAUCAUCUUGCAAGCUGCAGCUUCAAUUAUUUGACUAUAUGCGUCAAAAUUUCGAAAACGACCUGGAAUCAAGCACCCAGUGUCCUACUCCCAUACCACAUUUCAAUUCGUCGUCAACCCUAUUGUCUGGCACAUCCAACUCGACCGGGCCUCCGCGUGAAAUCAUAUACAUUGGCUUUUCCCAAGGCUGCUCUCAGCUCAUUGCAAGCUUGGCGCUAUAUCCAAGUCUAAAUGGUAAAAUCAAACAGUUUAUUGGUCUUUCACCGGCAAUAGUUCCUACACCAUCACCAAAUGCCAUUGUUCAAUUGGUGGUCGAGCAAACUGCAAUGGACAAUUCAUUCUUGUACAGUUUGUUUGGCCACCGUGCUAUAUUGCCCAGUGUUUCCUUCUGGCAAAUGAUGUUUGGGCCGUGGCUAUACACAAAAGUAGUUGACCGCUCGUUGGUCACCUUAUUUGGAUGGACAGGUAAGAACAUCAGCCCACAACAGAAGGCCAAAGGUUACCCCUAUAUGUUUUCCAACACGUCGGUUAAAUCUUUGAUCCACUGGUUUCAAAUCUUGCACGCUGGCCGAUUUCAAAUGUUUGAAGAGACUGGCGGGUUUGGCAGGACAAAUUUAUCUUGCAUUUCCAACCAUUCGAAGCUAAAGGGAACUAGAGUUACUCCAUUCCCGAUAAGCGACCAUCUUGAUGUCCCAUUUAUGUUGUUCUGUGGCGAUAAAGAUAUCUUGGUUGACGCCGACGUGACCCGGAGAUUAAUCGUUGACAGUAAUCCUAAAAUGAAAGACCAAUUGGAAAUUGUCAUGUGUCCCGGGUAUGAACAUAUGGAUACCCUAUGGGGAGAUGAAGUUUUUCAAGAUGUUUUCAGUAAGAUUUUGAGAAAACUAGAGGACUUGGAGGGCAAGUCCGGUGCUUGA